CCCCAGGCAAAAGUUAGCGGCUAGGGCAGCGCAUCUCCUUCUCGGAGCUCUCGGCCAUUCCUUCUCCUCCUCUCCCCCCGGGAGGUGGACCCCGUGGAAAGAUUCGCCGAGAGGAUUCCUGAGUUCAUUUAAGAGAACAGUCUUAAAAUAAAAGAAAGAAAAGAAGUGGCUCAGUCUUGGAAGUGCCAUCUCCUUGCCAGCUGCUGCAAGCGCUGGGGAUUCGUUUACGACCGAAUAGAUCCAGAAAGCUCCAGUAUGUUUUCGUGAGUGAUAUGGUGCUACAUCGCCCGGGGACAAGAGUGUCUGCUGUCGGUUUCCUGCUGGGGGAGACAGCAUGGCUGCCUCCAGGACGGCCUCACGGUCUCCCCGGGACAUCGCCAAUGUGAUGCAAAGGUUGCAAGAUGAGCAAGAGAUAGUACAAAAACGUACUUUCACGAAAUGGAUCAACUCGCAUCUGACCAAGCGGAAACCCCCACUGGUGGUAGAUGAUCUUUUUGAAGACAUGAAAGAUGGCGUUAAGCUGCUUGCUCUUCUGGAGGUCCUGUCCGGGCAGAAACUGCCUUGUGAACAAGGGCGCCGUAUGAAGCGAAUCCAUGCUGUGGCUAAUAUUGGCACAGCACUGAAGUUCCUUGAAGGAAGGAAGUCCAUGUACAGAGGAUCACCGAUUAAACUAGUCAACAUUAACUCCACCGAUAUAGCAGAUGGCCGGCCAUCAAUAGUUCUCGGAUUGAUGUGGACCAUUAUUCUGUAUUUCCAGAUUGAGGAGCUGACCAGCAACCUGCCACAGCUGCAGUCCCUGCCUGGCAGCACAUCCUCUGUGGACAGCAUGGUCAGCGCGGAGACCGCCAGCCCCCCGAGUAAGCGGAAGGUGGCCACCAAGAUCCAAGGAAAUGCUAAGAAGGCUUUAUUAAAGUGGGUUCAGUACACAGUAGCCAAGCAGACGGGAAUAGACGUAAAGGACUUCGGGCGGAGUUGGAGAAGUGGAGUUGCCUUUCAUUCGGUCAUCCAUGCCAUUCGACCAGAACUAGUGGACUUGGAGAAAGUGAAAGGCAGAUCUAACCGGGAAAACCUGGAGGAGGCUUUCACUAUUGCUGAAUCAGAACUAGGAAUUCCAAGACUACUGGAUCCUGAAGAUGUUGAUGUGGAUAAACCAGAUGAGAAGUCUAUUAUGACCUAUGUAGCCCAGUUUCUGAAGCAUUACCCUGACAUCCACAACACAGGCACUGAUGGGCAAGAGAAUGAUGAAAUACUUCCAGGUUUUCCAUCUUUUGCAAAUUCUAUCCAAAAUUUUAAGAGAGAAGACGGGCUAAUUUUGAAGGAAACGAAAGUCUGGAUAGAACAAUUUGAAAGAGAUUUGACAAGGGCACAGAUGAUGGAAUCAAAUUUACAGGAUAAAUAUCAGUCAUUUAAGCACUUCAGAGUUCAAUAUGAAAUAAAAAGGAAACAGAUCGAACAUUUAAUACAACCAGUACAUAGAGACGGUAAAUUGUCACUUGACCAAGCAUUGGUAAAGCAGUCCUGGGAUAGAGUGUCCUCCAGGCUCUUUGACUGGCAUAUACAGCUUGAUAAAUCUCUCCCUGCACCUCUGGGCACCAUAGGUGCCUGGUUAUACAGAGCGGAGGUGGCCCUGAGAGAGGAAAUAACCAUUCAGCAGGUGCAUGAGGAAACGGCCAACACAAUACAACGGAAACGCGAGCAACACAAGGAUCUGCUUCAAAACACAGAUGCCCACAAAAGAGCAUUCCAUGAAAUCUACCGGACCAGAUCUGUUAACGGGAUCCCGGUACCACCUGAUCAAUUAGAGGACAUGGCCGAGAGGUUUCAUUUUGUUUCCUCCACAUCAGAGCUACACUUAAUGAAAAUGGAAUUUCUAGAAUUAAAGUACCGUCUGCUCUCACUGCUGGUUCUUGCAGAGUCAAAGCUGAAAUCUUGGAUCAUCAAGUAUGGGAGGAGAGAGUCCGUGGAGCUCCUUCUACAGAACUACAUCUCUUUUAUAGAAAAUAGCAAGUUCUUUGAACAAUAUGAAGUGACAUACCAGAUCUUGAAACAGACAGCUGAGAUGUACGUCAAAGCUGAUGGUUCAGUGGAAGAAGCCGAGAAUGUGAUGAAAUUCAUGAAUGAAACCACAGCCCAGUGGAGGAACCUCUCAGUAGAGGUCAGGAGCGUGAGAAGCAUGCUGGAAGAAGUCAUCGCGAACUGGGAUCGAUAUGGCAAUACUGUGGCUAGUCUUCAGGCCUGGCUGGAGGAUGCUGAGAAAAUGCUAAAUCAAUCAGAGCAUGCCAAAAAGGAUUUUUUUCGAAACUUGCCUCACUGGAUACAGCAGCACGCUGCCAUGAAUGAUGCUGGCAAUUUUCUAAUUGAAACAUGUGAUGAAAUGGUUUCCCGAGAUCUUAAACAGCAAUUGCUAUUGCUCAAUGGACGGUGGAGGGAGUUGUUUAUGGAAGUCAAGCAAUAUGCUCGGGCUGAUGAGAUGGACAGAAUGAAGAAGGAGUAUGCAGACUGUAUUACUGUCCUGUCUGAUUUUGCAACUGAAGCCCAUAAGAAACUUUCUGAACCCUUAGAAGUCUCUUUUAUUAAUGUCAAGUUAUUAAUUCAAGACUUGGAGGACAUUGAGCAGCGGGUGCCUGUAAUGGAUGCUCAGUACAAGAUGAUUACCAAGACCGCACACCUCAUUACCAAGGAGAGCUCCCAAGAAGAAGCCAAUGAAAUGUUUGCAACCAUGUCUGGGCUCAAAGAACGGCUAACCAAGGUCAAAGAAUGUUGCCCUCCACUCCUUUAUGAGUCUCAGCAGCUGUUGAUCCCAUUGGAAGAACUGGAAAAGCAGAUGACAUUCUUUUAUGACUCGCUUGCGAAAAUCCAUGAAAUUAUGGCAGUUCUCGAGCGUGAAGCACAAUCCAGUGCCCUUUUUAAACAGAAACAUCAGGAACUGUCAGCUUGUCAAGAGAGCUGUAAGAAAACCAUGACGCAGAUUGAGAAAGGCAGUCAAAAUGUUCAAAAGUUCGUGACCUUGAGCAGUGUGUUAAAGCAUUUUGAUCAGACGAAGCUGCACAGACAGAUUGCAGAUGCCCACGGUGCUUUCCAGAAUAUGGUGAAGAAAAUUGGAGACUGGAAGAAACAUGUGGAAACCAAUAGUCGCUUGAUGAAGAAAUUUGAAGAGUCUCGAGCAGAGUUGGAGAAGGUGCUACGGAUCGCUCAGGAGGGCCUGGAGGAAAAGGGGAACCCAGAAGACCUCCUGAAGAAACAUACAGAAUUUUUCAGUCAGCUGGAUCAGAGAGUGCUCAAUGCUUUCCUGAAAGCUUGCGACGAGCUCACUGACAUCCUCCCUGAGCAGGAACAGCAGGGCCUGCAGGAAGCUGUUAGAAAGCUCCAUAAACAGUGGAAGGACCUUCAAGGAGAAGCCCCAUAUCAUUUGCUUCAUCUGAAGAUUGAUGUGGAGAAGAAUAGAUUCCUAGCUUCUGUAGAAGAAUGCAGAACUGAGCUGGAUCGAGAGACCACGCUGGUGCCCCAGGAAGGCAGUGAAAAGAUUAUUAAGGAGCACAGGAUUUUCUUCAGUGACAAAGGUCCUCAUCAUCUUUGUGAGAAAAGGUUACAGCUUAUUGAAGAACUGUGUCUGAAACUCCCCGUCCGGGACCCAGUAAGGAACACACCUGAAACCUGUCACGUGACUCUCAAAGAGCUCAGAGCUGCCAUUGACGCCACCUACAAGAAGCUCGUGGAAGACCGGGACAAGUGGAAGGACUACACUAGAAGAAUUUCUGAGUUCUCAUCUUGGAUAUCUGCAAAGGAGACACAAUUGAAAGGGUUUAAGAAUGAGCCCAUCGAUACCGCCAACCAUGGAGAGAUUAAACAUGCCGUAGAGGAGAUCAGAAAUGGUGUUACCACAAAGGGCGAGACUCUCAACUGGCUGAAAUCCAGGCUUAAAAUUUUAAUUGAAGUUUCUUCUGAGAAUGAAGCCCAAAAGCAAGGAGAUGAGUUGGCAAAAUUAUCUAGUUCUUUCAAGGCUCUCAUAGCUUUGUUGUCAGAGGUUGAAAAGAUGUUAAGCAACUUUGGGGACUGUGUCCAGUACAAAGAAAUAGUCAAAAGUUCCCUUGGAGAGUUGAUUUCUGACUCUAAAGAAGUCCAGGAGCAAGCUGAGAAGAUCUUGGACACUGAAAAUCUGUUUGAAGCACAGCAAUUACUUCUUCAUCACCAGCAAAAGACAAAGAGGAUUUCUGCGAAGAAGAGAGACGUGCAGCAGCAGAUAGCACAGGCUCAGCAGGGAGAAGGUGGGAUGCCCGGCCAAGUCCGGGACGAGCUGCGGAAGCUGGAGAGCACCCUGGACAGCAUGGAGCACAGCAGAGAGAAGCAGGAACGCCGCAUCCAGGUCACAUUAAGAAAGUGGGAGCGAUUUGAAACAAACAAAGAGACAGUGGUCAGAUACCUUUUUCAAACAGGUUCCAGCCAUGAGCGCUUUUUGAGUUUUAGCAGUUUGGAAAGUUUAUCUUCAGAAUUGGAACAGACAAAGGAGUUUUCUAAACGAACAGAAGGUAUUGCAGUCCAGGCUGAGAAUCUUGUGAAGGAAGCUUCCGAGAUACCACUUGGGCCCAAGAAUAAGCAGCUGCUUCAACAGCAGGCCAAGACAAUCAAAGAGCAAGUCAAAAAAUUAGAAGACACACUUGAAGAAGAUAUUAAAACCAUGGAAAUGGUGAAAAACAAGUGGGAUCAUUUUGGCAAUAAUUUUGAGACCCUGUCCGUCUGGAUAACUGAGAAAGAAAAAGAACUCAAUGCCUUGGAAACUUCAUCAUCUGCCAUGGACAUGCAAAUCAACCAGAUUAAGGUCAUAAUUCAGGAAAUAGAAAGCAAGAUCGGCUGCAUUACAGAGCUAGAAGAAGCAGCUCAGUCUUUCGCUCAGUUUGUCACCACUGGAGAAUCUGCUCGCAUCAAAGCCAAGUUGACACAAAUAAGAAGGUACUGGGAAGAACUCCGAGAGCAUGCGCAGUGUUUGGAAGGAACAAUCCUGGGACAUUUAUCUCAGCAGCAAAAGUUUGAAGAGAAUCUGAGAAAGAUCCAGAAGUCUGUGUCUGAAUUUGAAGAUAAACUUGCUGAUCCAAUUAAAAUAUGUUCUUCAGCCACAGAAACAUACAAAAUUCUCCAAGAACAUAUGGAUCUCUGCCAGGCCCUGGAGGCGCUGAACAGUGCAGUGACCACAGUCUCAGCCAGCGCCCAGAAGGUGGCUAACACAGCCACCUCCUCCGUUCAAGAGGCCGCGGCCCUGCAGCAGAAGUUCAAGGAGACACGGAGUCGGGCCAAGGAGAGGCAGGCUGUGCUGGAGAACCUGCUGGCCCACUGGCAGAGGCUAGAGAAAGAAUUGUCAACCUUUUUAACCUGGUUAGAGCGGUGUGAGGCAAUAGCCAGUUCUCCAGAAAUGGGCAUUUCUGCAGACAGAGUCAAAGUAGAGAGUGAACUUCAAUCAAUACAGGCACUGCAAAACGAACUUGUAUCCCAGGCCUCAGUCUAUAGCAACCUUUUGCAAUUGAAGGAAUCACUAUUUUCAGUGGCCUCCAAAGAUGAUGUGAAAAUGAUGAAACUACAUUUGGAGCAGUUGGAUGAGAGAUGGAGAGAUUUGCCACAGAUAAUUAGCAACAGGAUUAAUUUUCUUCAGUCUGUGGUCUCUGAACACCAGCAAUUUGAUGAACUGCUGCUUUCCUUUUCUGUCUGGAUUAAGCUAUUUCUCAGUGAAUUACAAACUACUUCGGAGAUAAGCAUAACAGACCAUCAGGCAGCAUUUGCUAGGCACAAGGACCACGAAGCGGAAGCAGAGAGCAAAAUGGGAGACUUGCAGAGGCUGCGGGAUCACCUGGCGAAGCUGGGGGCUCUGGGUCGAGCUGAGGACCUCCACCUCCUGCAGGGCAAGGCUGAGGACUGCUUCCAGCUGUUUGAGGAGGCCAGCCAGGUGGUGGGAAGGCGGCAGCUUGCCCUGUCCCAGUUGGCUGAAUUCCUACAGCACCACGCCUCUCUGUCAGGGGUUCUCCACCGGCUGAGGCACACGGUGGAAACCACCGACAGUAUGAAUAAGAAACAGACUGAUUUAUUAAAAAAGGACCUAAAUCGUGCGAUUCAGGAUGCCAAAACAUUAGAAUCUACGGCCGUCAGUCUUGACGGCAUUCUCGCCAAAGCCCAGUACCAUCUUAAAAGUGGAAGUUCCGAGCAAAGGACUUCCUGCAGAAGUACAGCUGAUCACCUCUGUUUUGAGUUAGAGAGGAUCCAGAACCUUCUGGGAACUAAGCAGAGUGAAGCAGAUGCCCUGGCAGCAUUGAAAAAAGCAUUCCAAGACCAGAAAGAGGAGUUGCUGAAAAGCAUCGAGGACAUCGAAGAAAGGACAGACAAAGAGAGGCUGAAAGAGCCUACGCGUCAAGCUCUUCAGCAGAGGCUGAGAGUCUUUAAUCAGUUAGAGGAUGAAUUGAAUUCUCAUGAGCAUGAACUAUGUUGGUUGAAAGACAAAGCUAAACAAAUUGCUCAGAAAGAUGUGGCCUUUGCAUCUGAGGUCGACAGGGAGAUAAACCGCUUAGAGGUCACCUGGGAUGAUACCAAAAAACUAAUUCAUGAAAACCAGGGUCAAUGCUGUGGACUUAUUGACUUAAUGAGAGACUAUCAGAACCUGAAGUCAGUUGUUUCUAAAGUCCUAGAAAAUGCCAACAAUGUGCUUGCAACCAGAACUACUAUAAAAGAUCAGGAGGAUCUUAAAUGGGCUUUAUCCAAGCAUGAAAGUGUCAAGAAUGAAAUGUGUAAUAAACAGAAAGAAUUGGAUAACUUUACAAGUAAAGGAAAACAGUUAUUAUCUGAGCUGAAAAAAAUUCACAGUAGUGAUUUCAACCUCAUGAAAACAGACAUGGAGAGCACUGUGGACAGAUGGCUGGAUGUAUCAGAGAAAAUUGAGGAAAACAUGGAUAGGCUGAGGGCAAGCCUGACCAUUUGGGGUGAUGUACUUUCAAGUAAAGACGAGAUCGACGGAUGGUCAAACAAUUCUGUUCCACAGUUGGCCGAAAGCAUCAGUAACCUGAAUAAUAGCGUCAGAGCAGAAGAAUUCCUUAAAGAAUUUGAGUCUGAAGUUAAAAACAAAGCGUUGAGAUUGGAAGAACUUCAUUGCAAAGUUAAUGAUCUUAAAGAAUUAACUAAAAAUCCAGAAACACCACCAGACCUUCAGUUUAUAGAAGCAGACUUACGGCAGAAACUGGAGCAUGCCAAAGAAAUUACCGAAGAAGCAAAAGGAACCUUGAAAGAGUUCACCACUCAGAGUACACAGGUGGAGAAAUUUAUCAAUGAUAUAACAAGCUGGCUCACAAAAGUAGAAGAAGCAUUGAUGAACUGUGCUCAGACGGAGACAUGGGAAGGACUGAAAAAAGUAAAGGAAAUACAAAAGGAACUUCAAAGUCAGCAAAGCAACAUCAGCUCCACCCAAGAAAAUCUCAAUAGCUUGUGCCGCAAGUACCAUUCCAUUGACCUGGAGAGCUUGGGCAGUGCUAUGACUGGGCUGAUAAAGAACCACGAAGCUGUGAGCCAGUUGUGCUCCAAAACACAGGCCAGCCUUCAGGAUUUUCUGGAGAAGCACUUCAAUGAGUCUAUGCAGGAAUUCCAAGAGUGGUUUUCUGGAAUAAAGGCAGCGGCGAAAAAAUCAUCAGAUAGAACUGGCGACAGCAAGGUUCUAGAGGCAAAGCUCCAUGAUCUCCAGAACAUUUUGGACUCAAUCAGUGAUGGGCAGAGCAAGCUUGAUGCUGUGACUCAAGAAGGACAAAUUUUGUAUGCACAUUUGUCUAAACAAAUUGUCAGUAGCAUUCAGGAGCAAAUUACAAAGGCUAAUGAAGAAUUUCAAGCAUUUCUGAAACAAUGUCUUAAAGACAAGCAGGCUCUUCAAGACUGUGCUUUAGAACUUGGGAGCUUUGAGGAUCAGCACAGAAAACUGAACUUAUGGAUCCACGAAAUGGAUGAAAGGUUAAGUACGGAAAACUUUGGAGAGAGUAAACAGCACAUUCCCGAGAAGAAGAAUGAAGUCCAUAAAGUUGAAAUGUUUCUGGGAGAACUAUUGGCUGUGAGAGAGUCUCUGGAUAAGCUUUCCCAGAGAGGGCAGCUUCUCAGCGAAGAGGGUCAUGGGGCUGGAAAAGAAGGACGCCUGUGCUCCCAGCUCCUCACCAACUACCAGAACUUACUCAGAACGACCAAAGAGAAACUCCGGAACUGCCAGCUGGCCCUGCAGGAGCACGAAGCCCUGGAGGAAGCUGUGCAGAGUAUGUGGUCCUGGGUGAAGGACAUUCAAGACAGACUGGCCUGUGCGGAGAGCACCGUUGGAAGCAAAGACACCUUGGAAAAGCGGCUGUUACAAAUACAGGACAUUCUCCUGUUGAAAGGGGAAGGAGAAGUUAAGUUGAAUAUGGCCAUUGGCAAAGGGGAGCAGGCCUUGAGAAGUAGCAACAAACAAGGUCAAAAGGUGAUCCAGACUCAGCUACAGAACCUUAAAGAUGUGUGGGCUGAUAUCAUGAGCUCCUCCAUCCGUGCUCAGAGCACUUUGGAGUCUGUGAUUAGCAAAUGGAACGACUAUCUAGAGUGGAAAAACCAGUUGGAGCAGUGGAUGGAAUUCGUAGAUCAAAAAGUGGAGCAUCCCCUACAACCACAGCCAGGUCUGAAGGAGAAGUUUUCCCUCCUGGACCACUUCCAGUCCAUCAUGUCCGAGGCAGAAGAUCAUGCCGGAACCCUGCACCGUCUCACCUCGAAAUCCAGGGAGCUCUACCAGAAGACUGAGGAUGAAUCUUUCAAGGAAACAGCUCAAGAGGAACUGAAAACACAGUUUAAUGAUAUAAUCACUGUUUCCAAGGAGAAAAUGAGGAAAGUGGAAGAGAUUGUGAAAGACCAUCUCAUGUAUUUAGAUGCAGUCCAGGAAUUCACGGAUUGGCUCCAUUCAGCGAAGGAAGAACUUCACCGGUGGUCAGAUAUGUCGGGAGAUUCAUCAGCCACCCAGAAGAAAUUGUCUAAAAUUAAGGAGCUGAUGGAUUCCAGAGGGAUUGGGGCAAGCCGCCUAAGCAGAGUGGAGUCGCUGGCUCCCGCAGUGAGACAGAACACAAGUGCCAGUGGGUGUGAGCUCGUGGAUGCGGAGAUGCAGGCCCUGCGUGCCGACUGGAAGCAGUGGGAAGAUAGCGUCCUCCAGACGCGGACCAGCUUGGAGAACCUGGUGAGCCAGAUGGCCCUUUCGGAGCAGGAGUUCUCCGGCCAGGUGGUUCAGCUGGAGCAGGCCCUGGAACAGUUCGGUGCCCUCCUGACAACCUGCGCUCAGCAGCUAGCUCUCCUGGAGAGCAAGAACACAGACAAGGAGAUAGUGGAAUGCUGGCGGAAAGGACAAGAGAUACUGGAUGCCCUACAAAAAGCAGAGCCUAAAACAGAGGAUCUUAAGUCUCAGUUGAAUGAACUUUGUCGAUUUUCCAGAGACCUGAGUACAUACAGUGGAAAAGUUUCUGGCUUGAUAAAAGAAUAUAAUUGCCUUUGUUUGCAAGCAUCCAAGGGCUGUCAGACUAGAGAACAGAUUUUACAGCAACGGUUUCAAAGAGCCUUCAAAGACUUCCAGCAGUGGCUGGUUAAUGCAAAAAUCACUACUGCCAAAUGUUUUGAUAUACCUCAAAAUAUUAGUGAAGUUUCAACCAGUCUUCAGAAAAUACAGGAAUUUUUGUCAGAAAGUGAAAAUGGACAGCACAAGCUAAACGUGAUGGUGUCUAAAGGAGAACUUUUGAGUACUCUGUUGCCCAAAGAGAAAGCGGAUGGAAUCCAGGCCAAAGUUGCCACUGCAAAAGAAGAUUGGAAAAAAUUUCAUUCAAAUCUGCACCAGAAGGAAUCUGCACUAGAGAAUCUAAAGAUCCAAAUGAAGGACUUUGAAGUGAGCGCUGAGCCUGUCCAGGACUGGCUGAGUAAAACUGAGAAGUUGGUGCAAGAAAGCAGCAAUCGCCUGUACGAUCUGCCAGCAAAGAGGAGGGAACAGCAGAAGCUCCAGUCUGUCCUUGAGGAAAUAAACUGCUACGAGCCUCAGCUCAACAGGCUAAGAGAGAAAGCUCAGCAGCUGUGGGAAGGACAAGCUGCCAGCAAGAGCUUUAUGCACAGAGUGUCGCAGCUGUCUUCUCAGUAUCUAGCUCUAAGCAAUCUAACAAAGGAGAAAGUGUCAAGAUUGGAUAGAAUUGUCGCAGAACACAAUCAGUUCUCCCUCGGGAUUAAAGAGCUACAAGACUGGAUGACAGAUGCGGUUCACAUGCUGGACUCUUACUGCCACCCAAUAUCCGACAAAAGUGUGCUGGACAGCAGGAUGCUCAAGCUUGAGGCCCUGUUAUCAGUGAAACAGGAAAAAGAGAUCCAGAUGAAAAUGAUAGUGACCAGAGGGGAAUCUGUCCUGCAGAAUACCUCUCCGGAAGGCUGGCCUGCUAUUCACCAGCAGCUGCAGAGUGUGAAGGAUAUGUGGGCUUCCCUUUUGUCCGCUGCCAUUCGUUGUAAAAGUCAACUUGAAGGAGCUCUUUCUAAGUGGACAAGUUAUCAGGAUGAUGUUCGACAGUUUUCCAGUUGGAUGGACAGUGUGGAAGCGAACCUAAAUGAAUCUGAAAGGCAGUAUGCAGAACUGCGGGAGAAAACAGCCUCUCUGGGAAAAGCCAAGUUACUAAGUGAAGAAGUGCUGAGUUACAGCAGCUUGCUGGAGGCCAUUGAACUCAAAGGGGCUGGCAUGACAGAGCACUAUGUCACCCAGUUAGAGUUCCAGGAUCUUCAGGAGCGAUACAGAGCAAUCACAGAGAGGGCCAAGGAAGCAGUAACCAGGUCGGAAAAACUAGUUCGCCUGCACCAAGAGUAUCAGAGAGACCUAAAGGCAUUUGAAGUUUGGCUGGGGCAAGAACAAGAAAAGCUUGACCGGUAUUCAGUUCUUGAAGGUGAUGCUCACACUCAUGAGACAACAUUGCGGGAUCUUCAGGAGCUACAGGUGCACUGCGCCGAGGGGCAGGUGCUGUUGAAUUCGGUGCUACACACCAGGGAGGAAGUGAUCCCAUCCGGCAUCCCUCAGACAGAAGACCGGGCUUUAGAAUCCCUCCGGCAGGACUGGCAGGCUUACCAGCAGAGACUGUCUGAGACCCGGACUCAGUUCAACAAUGUGGUCAACAAACUGAGGCUGAUGGAACAAAAGUAUCAGCAAGUAGACGAGUGGCUCAAAACACUGGAGGACAAAAAGUGGCACGAGGAAGUCAUCGCGUACAAAGAUGAAGUUGAGGAUGUGGGCGCCAGAGCUCAGGAGAUGCUGGACGAGAACCAUGUGAGCAGCAGCAUGGGCUGUCAGGCCACCCAGCUCACUUCCAGAUACCAGGCCCUUCUUCUCCAAGUGCUGGAACAGAUACAAUUCCUGGAGGAAGAGAUCCAGAGUUUGGAGGAAUCAGAAUUAUCCCUAAGUUCCUAUUCUGAUUGGUACAGCUCCACUCAUAAAAACUUCAAGAACGUGGCCACCAAAAUUGACAGAGUAGAUAAAGCGACGAUGGGGAAAAAAAUGAAGACGUUGGAGGGUUUGCUAAAAGACAUGGACAAAGGCCACAGUUUGCUGAAAUCAGCCCGAGAGAAAGGAGAGAGGGCUCUUAAAUACUUGGAGGAUGGCGAGGCAGAAAUGUUAAGGAAAGACAUCCAUGAGCAUGUGGAGCAGUUGAAGGAACUGACCAGCACCGUCCGGAAAGAGCACAUGACUCUGGAAAAAGGCCUUCUGUUAGCAAAGGAGUUCUCGGAUAAAUACAAAGCACUAACUCAGUGGAUAUCAGAAUACCAAGAAAUUCUACACACUCCUGAAGAACCCAAAAUGGAAUUAUAUGAGAAAAAAGCUCAGUUAUCUAAAUAUAAGUCACUUCAACAAAUGGUGCUGUCCCAUGAACCAUCAAUAAAAUCAGUGAGAGAGAAAGGUGAAGCUCUCUUGGAGUUGGUGCAGGAUGUCACAUUAAAGGACAAAAUGGAUAAACUUCAAAGUGAUUACCAGGACCUCUGUGGUGCGGGAAAGGCAAUGAUGGAAGAAAUUGCAGGUUUUGAAGACCGUUUGAACAACCUUAAAAGUAAAGGCGACAAUUUGAUCAGCCAGUGUGCAGACCACCUUCAAGCAAAACUAAAACAAAAUGUGUACGCUCACCUGCAGGGCACUAAGGACAGUUACUCAGCUGUCUGCAGUACAGCCCAGAGGGUGUACCAGAGUUUGGAACAUGAACUUCAGAAGCAUGUUAGCCGACAAGACACUCUACAGCAAUGCCAGGCCUGGCUGUCUGCAGUCCAACCAGAUUUAAAGCCAACCCAGCACCCACCUCUGAGCAGAGCAGAAGCCGUGAAGCAGGUCAAACACUACAGAGCUUUGCAGGAACAGGCAAGGACUUACUUAGAUCUCCUCUGCUCCACAUGUGACUUGUCAAGCUCUUCAGUGAAAACCACAGCAAAAGACAUCCAAGAAACAGAGCAAAUGAUUGAGCAAAGGCUUGUCCAGGCCCAGAACUUAACUCAGGGCUGGGGAGAGAUCAAGCACAUGAAGGCUGAACUUUGGAUUUACCUCCAAGAUGCUGACCAGCAACUACAGAACAUGAAGAAGAGGCACUCAGAACUGGAGUUAAACAUUGCACAGAACAUGGUUUCCCAAGUGAAGGAUUUUGUUAAGAAGCUACAGUGUAAGCAGGCAUCAGUGACCGCGAUUACAGAAAGGGUGAAUAAGUUAACCAAGAAGCAGGAGUCUCCUGAACACAAGGAAAUAAGCCAUUUAAAUGACCAGUGGUUAGAUCUGUGCCUUCAGGCUAACAGUCUGUGCUUGCAAAGGGAAGAAGAUCUUCAGAGAACAAGAGAUUACCAUGACCGUAUGAAUGUUGUUGAAGAGUUCUUAGAAAAAUUCACUACAGAAUGGGAUAACUUAGCCAGGUCCGAUGCAGAGAGUACAGCCGUCCACCUAGAAGCUUUGAAAAAGUUAGCGCUCGCACUGCAGGAGAGAAAGCAGGCUGUGGAGGAUCUGAAAGAUCAAAAGCAAAAGAUGAUAGAACAUCUGAAUUUAGAUGACAAAGAAUUAGUCAAAGAACAGACAAGUCACCUCGAACAACGCUGGUUUCAGCUUGAGGACCUCGUUAAAAGGAAACUCCAAGUGUCAGUCACCAACCUGGAGGAGUUAAAUGUGGUGCGGUCCAGGUUUCAGGAGCUAAUGGAGUGGGCAGAAGAACAGCAGCCCAACAUCGCUGAGGCCCUUAAACAGAGCCCCCCACCCGAUAUGGCCCAGAACCUCCUCAUGGACCACCUCGCCAUCUGCAGUGAACUGGAGACCAAACAGAUGCUCCUGAAAUCGCUCAUAAAGGACGCUGACAGGGUGAUGGCUGACCUUGGCCUAAAUGAGCGGCAGAUAAUCCAGAAAGCCCUUUCUGAUGCACAGAGACAUGUGAAUUGCCUCAGCGACUUAGUGGGCCAGAGACGAAAGUACUUAAACAAGGCCUUGUCCGAGAAAACCCAGUUCCUCAUGGCGGUGUUCCAGGCAACCAGCCAAAUUCAACAACAUGAGCGAAAGAUAAUGUUCCGUGAACACAUCUGCCUGUUACCGGAUGAUGUGAGCAAACAAGUCAAAACAUGCAAGAGUGCGCAAGCCAGCCUCAAGACGUACCAAAACGAGGUCACUGGACUUUGGGCUCAGGGUCGUGAAUUAAUGAAAGGAGCCACAGAGCAGGAAAAGAGUGAAGUACUGGGUAAGCUUCAGGAAUUACAGAGUGUCUAUGACACUGUUUUACAAAAGUGUAGCCAUCGGCUCCAAGAACUAGAGAAAAGUUUGGUUUCUAGGAAACAUUUUAAGGAAGAUUUUGAUAAAGCCUGUCACUGGCUAAAACAAGCAGAUAUUAUUACAUUUCCUGAAAUCAACCUAAUGAAUGAGAGCGCUGAGCUGCACGCCCAACUGGCCAAAUACCAACACAUUCUUGAACAAUCUCCAGAAUAUGAAAAUCUCCUACUUACGCUGCAGAGAACUGGGCAGGCCAUAUUGCCAUCGCUGAAUGAAGUCGAUCAUUCCUACCUCAAUGAAAAGCUAAAUGCUCUUCCCCUGCAAUUUAAUGUAAUCGUUGCCUUGGCUAAAGACAAGUUCUAUAAAGUCCAAGAAACAAUUCUUGCUCGGAAAGAGUAUGCUUCCUUGAUCGAGUUGACAACCCAGUCUCUGAGUGAACUUGAGGACCAGUUCUUAAAGAUGAGCAAAGUCCCCACUGACCUGAGAGUUGAAGAGGCCGUGUCUCUUCAGGAAGGCUGCCGAGCCCUGUUGGGAGAGGUGGCCCGCCUCGGGGAAGCGGUGGAUGAGCUGAACCAAAAGAAAGAAAGUUUUAGAAGUACAGGACAGCCUUGGCAGCCAGACAAGAUGCUGCACCUCGUCACCUUGUACCACAGGCUGAAGCGACAAACGGAACAAAGGGUUGGCUUACUGGAAGACACCUCCAGUGCCUAUCAAGAGCAUGAGAAGAUGUGCGACCAGCUAGAAAAACAACUGCAGGCUGUGAAAACGGAACAGUCCAAAGUGAAUGAGGAGACGCUUCCCGCAGAGGAGAAGCUCAAAAUCUAUCACUCGCUGGUGGGAAGCCUUCAGGAUUCAGGAAUCGUGCUAAAACGAGUGACCGUGCAUCUUGAAGAUCUGGUUCCACACCUUGACCCCUCGGCUUAUGAGAAAGCCAAGCAGCAGAUCCAGUCCUGGCAAGAGGAGUUAAAAGUCUUGACUUCUGCCAUUGGCGCAACGGUGACCGAGUGUGAGAGCCGCAUGGUGCAGAGCAUAGACUUCCAGACAGAGCUGAGCCGCUCCCUGGACUGGCUGAGGAGCGUGAAGGCAGAGCUAAGUGGGCCGGUGUGCCUGGACCUGAGCCUCCAGGACAUCCAGGAGGAGAUCAGAAAGACCCAGAUUCAUCAGGAAGAGGUCCAGUCCAGCCUGAGAAUCAUGAAUGCCCUGAGUAACAAGGAGAAGGAGAAAUUCACGAAAGCCAAAGAGCUCCUUUCUGCAGAUUUUCAGCACACUCUUGCUGAGCUCUCAGAGCUGGACGGAGACGUUCAGGAAGCUUUACGCACCAGACAGGCUGCCUUGACCCAAAUAUACAGUCAAUGUCAGAGGUACUAUCAAGUAUUUCAAGCAGCUAAUGACUGGCUUGAGGAUGCUCAUGAAAUGUUACAACUGGCAGGCAAUGGCCUAGAGGUGGAGAGCGUAGAGGAAAAUCUCAAAAGCCACGUGGAAUUUUUUAGUACAGAAGAUCAGUUCCGUAGUAAUCUGGAGGAGCUCCAGCACCUGGUAGCCAGCCUGGACCCACUCCUCAAGCCAACUGGAAAAGAACGCCUAGCACAGAAAAUGGCUUCCCUGGAAGAGAAGAGCCAGAGGAUAAUACAGGACUCACAUGCCCAGUUAGAUCUCUUGCAGAGAUGUGCAGAUCAAUGGCAGAAUUAUCAGAAAGCAAGGGAAGAGGUUAUCGAAUUGAUGAAUGAGGCAGAAAAGAAAUUGUCUGAGUUUUCUUUACUGAAGGCUUCUUCCAGUCAUGAAGCAGAAGAAAAGUUGUCAGAACACAAGGCUUUAGCGUCAGUAGUUAACUCCUUCCAUGAGAAAGUUGUGGCCCUUGAGGACAAAACUUCACAACUGGAAAAAACCGGAAAUGACGCAAGCAAGGCAGCCAUAAGCAGGUCAAUGACAACAGUCUGGCAGCGCUGGACCCGUCUCCGUGCUGUGGCUCAGGACCAGGAGAAGAUACUGGAAGAUGCAGUAGAUGAGUGGACGAGCUUUAACAAUAAGGUUAAAAAAGCCACUGAAACGACUGAUCAGCUGCAAGAUAAACUGCCGGGAGGUUCAGCAGAGAAAGCCUCAAAAGCAGAGCUCUUAACGCUUCUUGACCAUCAUGACGCACUCGUUUUGGAACUGGAACAGCAGCAGUUGGCUUUAGGCAUGCUGCGGCAGCAAGCGCUGGGCAUGCUUCAGGACGGAGCCCCGCAGCCUCCUGGAGAAGAGCCACCCACUGUCCAGGAGAUCACGGCAAUGCAAGACCGGUGCCUGAACAUGCAGGAGAAAGUGAAGAAUACUGGAAAAGUAGUAAAGCAAGAGCUAAAGGAGCGAGAAGUUGUGGAGACCCAAAUCAAUUCUGUGAAAUCUUGGGUUCAGGAAACAAAGGAAUAUUUGGGGAAUCCAACAAUAGAAAUAGAUGCUCAACUUGAAGAACUUCAGCUUCUCCUAACAGAAGCCACAAAUCACCGACAGAGCAUUGAGAAAAUGGCUGAAGAGCAGAAGAAUAAGUACCUGGGUCUUUAUUCCAUAUUACCUUCUGAACUCUCCCUUCAGUUAGCUGAGGUGGCACUGGACCUAGGAACUAUCCAUGAUCAGAUCCAGGACAAAGUGAGAGAAGUUGAACAGAGCAAGGCCAUGAGCCAGGAAUUCAGCCGGCAAAUUCAGAAGAUAGCCAAAGAUCUCACAACUAUCCUCAGUAAGCUGAGAGCAAAGACAGAUAAUUUACAACAAGCUAAGAUCGACCAAAAGGUGCUAGGAGAGGAAUUAGAUGGCUGUAAUUUAAAAUUAAUGGAACUAGAUGCAGCAGUAAAGAAAUUCUCGGAACAGAAUGGCCAACUGGGUAAACCACUGGCCAAGAAGGUAGGAAAACUGAUGGAACUACACCAGCAGACCAUUAGACAGGCUGAGAGUCGGCUCUCCAAGCUCAGUCAGGCAGCAUCACAUUUAGAAGAAUACACUGAAAUGCUUGAAUUCAUUUUGAAGUGGAUUGAGAAAGCCAAAGUCUUGGUUCAUGGGAAGAUUGCAUGGAAUUCUGCCAACCAACUUCGAGAACAAUACAUUUUCCAUCAGACCAUGCUGGAAGAAUCUGAAGAAAUCCCCAGCAAUCUGGAAGCAAUGAUUGAGAAAUUACAGUGCCUUGCUAGCAUCUACUCCACAGAAAAAAUGUCUCAGCAAGUGGCAGACCUGGGACGGGAGUCUGAGGAGCUACGACAGACGAUCAAAAUUCGUUUGCAGAAUCUCCAAGAUGCUGCCAAGGAUAUGAAAAAAUUUGAAACUGAGCUAAAAAACUUACAAGUUGCUUUGGAGCAAGCCCAGACAACCCUGACUUCCCCAGAAGUUGGACGUCUUAGUCUCAAGGAACAACUUUCACAUCGACAGCAUCUGCUAUCUGAGAUGGAGUCACUCAAGCCAAAGGUCCACGCCGUGCAGAUCUGCCAGAGUGCCCUCCGGAUCCCCGACGAUGUGGUCGCCAGCCUGCCGCUCUGCCAUUGUGCCUUGCACCUGCAGGCAGAGGCCAGCCGAUUGCAGCACACGGCUAUCCAGCAGUGCAACAUCAUGCAGGAGGCCGUGGUACAAUAUGAACAAUAUGAGCAAGAAAUGCAGCACCUCCAGGAGCUUAUAGAAGGAGCUCACAGAGAGAUUGAGGACACACCCACGGCCACCAGCAACAUCCAGGAGCUGCAAGCCCAGAUUUCUCGGCAUGAGGAGCUGGCUCAGAAAAUCAAGGGCUACCAGGAGCAGAUCGCCUCUUUGAACUCCAAGUGCAAGAUGCUGACGAUGAAAGCCAAGCAUGCCACCAUGCUGCUGACGGUGACGGAGGUGGAGGGGCUGGUGGAGGGGACGGAGGACCUGGACCGGGAGCUCCUCCCCGCGACCUCGGCCCACCCCUCUGUGGUCAUGAUGACUGCGGGUCGCUGUCACACUUUGCUGUCACCUGUCACAGAGGAGUCUGGGGAGGAGGGAACCAACAGUGAAAUUUCCUCUCCACCUGCCUGUCGCUCCCCUUCACCUGUGGCUAAUACAGACGCUUCUGUUAACCAGGACAUUGCUUAUUACCAGGCCUUAUCUGCUGAGAGGUUGCAGACAGAUGCUGCCAGGAUCCACCCCAGCACGUUGCCAUCGCCGGAGUUCUAUGAACUAGGACUGGAGCCAUCUACUACCGCUAAGCUGGAUGAUUUGCAGCGUUCUUGGGAAACCCUAAAGAAUGUGAUCAGUGAAAAGCAGCGCACUCUCUAUGAAGCUUUGGAAAGGCAGCAGAAGUACCAGGACUCCCUCCAGUCCAUCUCCACAAAAAUGGAGGCCAUCGAGAUGAAACUCAGUGAGAGUCUGGAGCACGGCAGGGGUCCAGAGAGCCAGAUGGCGGAGCAUCAGGCACUGAUGGAUGAGAUUCUCAUGCUUCAAGAGGAGAUCAGUGAGCUCCAGUCAUCUCUGGCGGAGGAGCUGGUGUCCCAGUCUCCCGAGUCCGACCCCGCGGAACAGCUGGCCUUGCAGUCCACGCUCACCGUCUUAGCCGAGCGGAUGUCCACCAUCAAGAUGAUGGCGUCAGGGAAGCGACAGCUUUUGGAGGAGAAGUUAAAUGAUCAGCUUGAGGAACAGAGACAGGAGCAGGCCCUGCAGAGGUACCGCUGUGAAGCCGACGAGCUGGACCACUGGCUCCUGAGCACCAAGGCCACUCUGGACACCGCACUGGGUACAGCCCAGGAGCCUAUGGACAUGGAAGCCCAGCUGGUGGAUUGCCAGAACAUGCUAGUGGAAAUCGAGCAGAAGGUGGUGGCCCUAUCGGAGCUGUCGGUCCACAAUGACAACCUGCUGCUGGAGGGCAAGGCCCACACCAAGGAGGAGGCAGAGCAGCUGGCCGUGAAGCUGAGAACCCUCAAGGGCAGCCUCCUGGAGCUGCAGAGAGCCCUACAUGACAAACAGCUCCUCAUGCAGGGAACAGCCCAAGAGAAGGAGGAGAGCCAUGCCGACCUCACCGCCAGUCAGAGCCCCGGUGUCCAGGAAUGGCUGGCCCAAGCACGGACUGCAUGGGCCCACCAGCGACAGAGCAGUCUCCAGCAACAAAAAGAGUUGGAACAGGAAUUAGCAGAGCAGAAGAGCCUCCUGCGGUCAGUAGCCAGUCGUGGAGAGGAAAUUCUCACCCAACACUCAGCUGCAGAGACCUCUGCUGGUAUUGGCGAAAAACCUGAUGUGUUAUCCCAGGAGUUGGGGAUGGAAGGGGAGAAAUCAGCCUCUGAAGACCAGAUGAGAAUGAAAUGGGAAAGCCUACAUCAAGAAUUUAGUACCAAGCAGAAACUACUACAGAAUGUUCUGGAACAGGAACAAGAGCAAGUGCUCUACAGCAGGCCAAAUCGGCUCCUGUCUGGCGUGCCACUGUACAAAGGGGAUGGGCAGACCCAAGACAGAUCUGCAGUGACGUCUUUACUGGAUGGAUUGAACCAGGCGUUUGAGGAGGUUUCGUCCCAGGGCGGGGGGACAAAGAGGCAGAACAUUCACUUGGAACAGAAGUUAUAUGAUGGGGUCUCAGCUACCUCUACAUGGUUGGAUGAUGUGGAAGAACGCUUAUUUGUUGCCACAGCACUUUUACCAGAAGAAACCGAAGCUUGCCUCUUCAACCAAGAGACUCUUGCCAAAGAUAUUAAGGAAAUGUCUGAAGAAAUGGAUAAGAACAAGAACUUGUUUUCCCAAGCAUUUCCAGAGAAUGGUGAUAACCGAGAUGUUAUUGAAGACACUUUGGGUUGUCUUUUGGGCCGGUUAUCCUUGUUAGACUCAGUAGUGAAUCAGCGAUGUCAUCAGAUGAAGGAAAGACUUCAGCAAAUACUAAAUUUCCAGAAUGAUCUGAAGGUGCUGUGUACAUCACUGGCCGACAGCAAAUACAUCAUUCUGCAGAAACUGGCAAAUGUGUUUGAACAGCCCGUGGCACAGCAAAUUGAGGCAAUACAACAGGCUGAAGAUGGGCUAAAGGAGUUGGAUGCAGAAAUCAUUGAAUUAAAAAAGCGUGGUGACAAGUUGCAGAUUGAGCAGCCUUCCAUGCAGGAACUGUCCAAACUUCAGGACAUGUAUGAUGAACUGAUGAUGACCAUUGGCUCCUGGCGGAGUAGUCUGAACCAGAAUCUUGCCCUCAAGAGUCAGUACGAAAGGGCCAUGCAAGAUCUGGCUGACCUGCUGGAGACUGGACAGGAGAAGAUGGCGGGUGACCAGAAAAUCAUUGUGUCUUCCAAGGAGGAAAUUCAACAACUGCUUGACAAACAUAAGGAAUACUUUCAAGGCCUGGAAUCUCAUAUGAUCCUGACGGAGACACUCUUCAGAAAGAUAAUCAACUUUGCGGUCCUACAAGAAACGCAGUUCCACACAGAACUGAUGACACAGGCUUCAGCUGUACUGAAACGGGCUCACAAGAGGGGGGUGGAGUUGGAGUACAUUCUAGAGACAUGGUCUCAUCUGGAUGAAGACCACCAGGCGCUCAGCAAACAGCUGGAGGUGGUGGAAAGUAGCAUCCCAAGUGUGGGAUUGGUGGAGGAGAGCGAGGAGAGGCUCAUCGACCGGAUAACACUCUACCAGCAUUUGAAAUCCAGCCUUCAUGAAUACCAGCCCAAAUUAUAUCAGGUGUUAGAUGAUGGGAAACGACUGCUCAUAUCCAUUAGCUGCUCAGAUCUAGAAAGCCAACUCAAUCAACUGGGAGAACAGUGGUUGGAUAAUACCAACAAAGUGUCGAAGGAACUUCACAGAUUGGAAACAGUACUGAAACACUGGACCAGAUAUCAAAGCGAAUCUGCAGAACUUAUUCACUGGUUACAGUCUGCAAAAGACAGGCUAGAAUUUUGGACUCAACAAUCUGUGACAGUCCCACAAGAACUGGAAAUGGUCCGUGAUCAUCUAAAUGCUUUCCUGGAGUUUUCCAAAGAAGUGGAUGCGAAAUCUUCCCUGAAAUCAUCUGUUCUGAGCAUCGGAAAUCAGCUUCUUCGAUUAAAGAAAGUGGACACGGCUUCCCUACGUUCAGAACUGUCACACAUUGACAGCCAGUGGACUGAUCUGCUGACAAAUAUUCCGACUGUACAGGAAAAGCUCCACCAGCUCCAGAUGGAUAAGCUGCCGUCCCGCCAUGCCAUUUCUGAACUGACGACUUGGAUUUCUCUAAUGGAAAAUGUUAUUCAAAAGGAUGAAGAGAACAUAAAAAAUUCGAUAGGUUACAAGGCAAUUCAUGAAUACCUUCAGAAAUACAAGGGCUUUAAGAUAGAUAUUAACUGUAAACAGUUGACAGUUGAUUUUGUGAAUCAGUCCGUGCUACAAAUCAGCAGUCAGGAUGUGGAAAGUAAACGUAGUGACAAGACUGAUUUUGCUGAGCAACUUGGAGCCAUGAAUAAAAGUUGGCAAAUCCUGCAGGGGCUAGUGACUGAGAAGAUCCAGCUGUUGGAAGGCUUAUUGGAAUCUUGGUCAGAAUAUGAAAAUAAUGUGCAAAGUCUGAAAACUUGGUAUGAAACCCAGGAAAACAAACUAAAACAACAGCAUCGAAUUGGAGAUCAGGCUUCAGUUCAAAGCUCAAUGAAAGACUGUCAGGAUCUAGAAGAUUUGAUUAGAGCAAAAGAAAAAGAAGUAGAGAAAAUUGAGCAGAAUGGACUUGCUUUGAUUCAGAACAAGAAAGAAGAAGUCUCUGGUGUUGUCAUGAGCACGCUGCGGGAGCUCAACCAAACCUGGGCAAAUUUAGACCACAUGGUUGGGCAGUUCAAGAUACUGUUGAAGUCCGUGUUUGACCAAUGGAACAAUCACAAGGAGGCCUUUGAUGAGAUAAACAGUUACCUCAUGGAGGCCAGAUAUUCUCUUUCCCGCUUCCGCCUGCUAACUGGUUCUUUAGAAGCUGUACAAGUUCAGGUAGACAAUCUUCAGAAUCUUCAAGAUGAUCUGGAAAAACAGGAAAAGAACUUACAGAAUUUUGGUUCCAUCACCAACCAACUGUUAAAAGAAUGUCACCCACCUGUGACAGAAACUCUUACCACCACAUUAAAAGAUGUCAAUAUGAGAUGGAAUAACUUGCUGGAAGAGAUUGCUAAGCAGCUGUGCUCCAGCAAGGCACUCCUUCAACUUUGGCAAAGAUACAAGGACUACUCCAAACAGUGUGCUUCUACGGUUCAGCAGCAGGAGGAUGGGGCCAGUGAGCUCCUGAAGGCAGCCACUAACAAGGACAUUGCCGAUGACGAAGCUGCAACGUGGAUUCAGGAUUGCAACGAUCUCCUCAAAGGCUUGGGGACAGUGAAGGAUUCCCUUUUUGUUCUCCGUGAGCUGGGAGAGCAGCUCAAGCAACAAGUGGAUGCUUCAGCAGCAUCAACUAUUCAAUCCGAUCAGCUGUCCUUGAGUCAACGCUUAUGUGCCCUAGAACAGGCUCUCUGCAAGCAGCAGACCAUGUUACAGGCUGGAGUUCUUGACUAUGAAACCUUUACCAAGAGUUUAGAAGCUUUGGAGGCCUGGAUAGUAGAAGCGGAAGAAAUAUUGCAAGGGCAGGACCCUGGCCACUCUUCUGACCUCUCGACCAUCCAGCAAAGGAUGGAAGAACUUAAGGGACAGAUGUUAAAAUUCAGCAGCAUGGCCCCAGAUUUAGACCGUCUAAAUGAGCUUGGAUAUAGGCUACCCCUGAAUGAUAAAGAAAUCAAAAGGAUGCAAAAUCUGAACCGGCACUGGUCUCUGAUCUCCUCUCAGACAACAGAGAGAUUCAGUAAGUUGCAGUCGUUUUUGCUACAACAUCAGACCUUCUUGGAAAAAUGUGAAACAUGGAUGGAAUUCCUGGUUCAAACGGAACAAAAGUUAGCAGUAGAGAUUUCUGGCAAUUAUCAGCAUCUUUUGGAGCAGCAGAGAGCACAUGAGUUGUUUCAAGCAGAGAUGUUCAGUCGUCAGCAGAUUUUGCACUCGAUCAUUAUUGAUGGGCAGCGUCUUCUAGAACAAGGUCAAGUUGAUGACAGGGAUGAAUUCAACCUGAAACUGACCCUUCUCAGCAAUCAGUGGCAGGGAGUGAUUCGCAGGGCCCAGCAAAGGAGGGGCAUCAUCGACAGCCAAAUUCGCCAGUGGAGGCGGUACAGGGAGAUGGCAGAAAAGCUUCGUAAAUGGUUGGUUGAAGUGUCCUAUCUUCCCGUGAGUGCUCUCGGAAGUGUCCCAAUACCACUGCAGCAGGCAAGGACCUUCUUUGAUGAAGUGCAGUUCAAAGAAAAAGUGUUCCUGCGACAACAAGGCAGCUACAUCCUAACAGUGGAGGCUGGCAAGCAGCUUCUGCUCUCGGCUGACAGUGGAGCUGAGGCCGCCUUGCAGGCGGAACUCGCUGAAAUCCAAGAGAAAUGGAGAUCGGCCAGUGUGCGUCUGGAGGAACAAAAGAAAAAGCUGGCCUUCUUGCUGAAGGACUGGGAAAAAUGUGAGAAUGGUAUAGCUGAUUCUCUGGAGAAGCUACGAACUUUCAAAAAGAAGCUGUCUCCACCCCUGCCAGAUCACCACGAAGAGCUCCAUGCAGAGCAAAUGCGUUGCAAGGAGUUGGAAAAUGCAGCUGGGAACUGGACGGAUGACUUGGCUCAGUUGGCUCUGCUGAAGGACACCCUCUGUGCCUACAUCAGCGCUGAUGAUAUCUCCAUCCUGAACGAACGCAUGGAGCUUCUACAGAGACAGUGGGAAGAACUGUGCCACCAGCUCUCCUUAAGGCGGCAGCAAGUGAGUGAGAGAUUGAAUGAAUGGGCUGUCUUCAGUGAAAAGAACAAGGAGCUUUGCGAAUGGCUGACCCAGAUGGAAAGCAAAGUUUCUCAAAAUGGAGACAUUCUCAUUGAAGAAAUGAUAGAGAAACUCAAGAAGGUAAAGCGUACAUGCAGUGCAGGGAAGGCUUGGUCAAGUUACGGCAGCUGCCCCCAGAAGGGAUUUGGAGCUCCACCCACACUCGAGGAAAAAGAAAACUUGAUUCUUGGAAUCUAUGGCUGGCUUUAUCUCAAGGUGGCCAAUUUGGAAAACUCUGACCAGGAUCAGGAAUUUGGAAGCUUCAUGGUGGUGGCGGAAGAUCUGUGUGCCCUGAGGAUGGCAGAGGACGGCUGUGUGGACUCAGAUCUCCCAGAAUGUAACUGCGAUGUCACAAGGGUAAAGAAGCUGAAGGAGACCCUGGUGGCCGUACAGCAGCUGGAUAAGAACAUGAGCAGCCUGAGGACGUGGCUGGCUCACAUCGAGUCAGAGCUGGCCAAGCCCAUAGUCUACGAUUCCUGUGACUCAGAUGAAAUACAGAAAAAGCUUACUGAGCAGCAGGAGCUUCAGAGAGACAUCGAGAAACACAGCACGGGUGUGGCGUCUGUCCUCAACCUGUGUGAGGUCCUGCUGCACGACUGUGACGCCUGUGCCACAGAUGCGGAGUGUGACUCCAUCCAGCAGGCUACGCGAAACCUGGACCGGCGGUGGAGGAAUAUCUGUGCCAUGUCCAUGGAGAGGAGGCUCAGAAUUGAAGAGACGUGGCGAUUGUGGCAGAAGUUUCUGGACGAUUAUUCUCGUUUUGAAGAUUGGCUCAAGAUUUCAGAAAGGACAGCUGCCUUCCCCAGCUCUUCCGGGGUGCUCUAUACAGUUGCCAAGGAAGAACUAAAGAAAUUUGAGGCUUUCCAGCGACAGGUGCACGAGAGCCUGACCCAGCUGGAGCUGAUCAACAAGCAGUACCGUCGCCUGGCCAGAGAGAACCGCACCGAUUCUGCCUGUAGCCUAAAGCAGAUGGUUCACGAAGGCAACCAGAGAUGGGACAACCUGCAGAAGCGGGUCACCUCCAUCUUGCGCAGACUCAAGCAUUUCAUCGGCCAGCGUGAGGAGUUUGAGACUGCGCGGGACAGCAUUCUGGUGUGGCUGACAGAAAUGGAUCUGCAGCUCACUAAUAUUGAGCAUUUUUCUGAGUGUGAUGUUCAAGCUAAAAUAAAGCAACUCAAGGCCUUCCAGCAGGAAAUCUCACUGAACCACAAUAAGAUUGAGCAGAUAAUUUCCCAAGGAGAACAGCUUAUAGAGAAGAGCGAGCCCUUGGAUGCAGCGGUCAUUGAGGAGGAACUGGAUGAACUCCGACGUUACUGUCAGGAGGUUUUCGGGCGCGUGGAAAGAUACCAUAAGAAACUGAUUCGCCUGCCUCUCCCAGAUGAUGAGCAUGACCUCUCUGACCGGGAGCUGGAGCUGGAUGACUCUGCAGCUCUCUCGGACCUCCACUGGCGGGACACCUCAGCAGACAGCGUGCUUUCCCCCCAGCCUUCUUCCAACCCCUCCCUCUCACUCGCCCAGCCCCUGCGGAGCGAGCGGUCGGGACGAGACACCCCUGCCAGUGUGGACUCAAUUCCCCUGGAGUGGGACCAUGAUUAUGACCUCAGUCGGGACCUGGAGUCUGCCGUGUCCAGAACUCUGCCCUCUGAGGAUGAAGAGGUUGGAGACGAUAAAGAUUUCUACCUCAGGGGAGCUGUUGGCUUAUCAGAUGUAAUGAUCCCCGAAAGUCCUGAGGCCUAUGUAAAACUCACAGAAAGUGCAAUCAGAAAUACCUCUGGAGCCCCCAGUGCCUUAGAGUCACAGAUCCGACAACUAGACAAAGCCUUGGAUGAGAGCCGUUUUCAGAUGCAGCAAACUGAAAACAUCAUCCGCAGCAAAACCCCCACCGGACCAGAGCUAGACUCCAGCUACAGAGGCUAUAUGAAACUACUGGGUGAGUGCAGCGGCAGCAUAGACUCCGUGAGGAGACUGGAACACAAACUGAAGGAGGAAGAAGAGAACUUUCCAGGCUUUGUUAACCUGAACAGUACGGAAACCCAAACAGCUGGUGUGAUCGACCGAUGGGAACUCAUCCAGGCGCAGGCCCUGAGCAAGGAGCUGAGGAUGAAGCAGAACCUCCAGAAGUGGCAGCAGUUCAACUCUGACCUGAACAACAUCUGGACGUGGCUGGGGGAGACGGAGGAGGAGCUGGAGCGGCUGCAGCACCUGGAGCUCAGCACCGACAUCCAGGCGAUCGAGCUCCAAAUCAAAAAGCUCAAGGAGCUCCAGAAGGCUGUGGACCACCGCAAAGCCAUCAUCCUCUCCAUCAACCUGUGCAGCCCCGAGUUCACCCAGACUGGCAGUGAGAAAAGCCAGGAUCUGCAAGAUCGCCUGUCCCAGAUGAACGGACGCUGGGACCAUGUGUGCUCGUUGCUGGACGAGUGGCGGGGCCUGCUCCAGGAUGCACUGAUGCAGUGUCAGGAUUUCCAUGAAAUGAGUCAUGGUUUGCUUCUUAUGCUGGAGAACAUCGACAGAAGGAAAAAUGAAAUUGUCCCUAUUGAUUCUAACCAGGAUGCAGAGACACUUCAGGACCAUCACAAGCAGCUUAUGCAAAUAAGGCAUGAGCUAUUGGAAUCCCAACUCAAAGUGGCCUCACUGCAAGACAUGUCUUGCCAACUACUGGUGAAUGCUGAAGGCACAGACUGUUUAGAAGCCAAAGAAAAAGUCCAUGUGAUUGGAAAUCGGCUCAAACUUCUCUUGAAGGAGGUCAGCCGACACAUCAAGGAGCUGGAGAAGUUAUUAGACAUGUCAAGCAGUCAGCAGGAUUUGUCUUCCUGGUCUUCUGCGGAUGAACUGGACACUUCGGGAUCUGUGAGUCCUACGUCAGGAAGAAGCACCCCGAACAGACAAAGAACGCCACGAGGCAAAUGUAGUCUCUCACAGCCUGGACCCUCUGUCAACAGUCCACAUAGCAGGUCCAUAAAAGGUGGCUGCGAUUCCUCCCUUUCUGAGCCUCGGCCAGCUCGGUCCGGCCGGGCCUUCUUACUCAGAGUCCUCCGCGCGGCCCUUCCACUCCAGCUUCUCCUGUUGCUCCUCAUCGGGCUCGCCUGCCUCGUACCAAUGUCAGAGGAAGACUAUAGUUGUGCCCUCUCCAACAACUUUGCCCGGUCAUUCCACCCCAUGCUCAGAUACACAAACGGCCCUCCUCCACUCUGA